AUGUUAAGUAUCGAAAAGGGUCAAAGAUCAAACAAGAAGGAAGUUGCCUCUCUUCUUGAAACUCAUAAAGAAAUGGAGAAGACCAUGAAGAUGAACAAGUAUGAGAUUAACAUCCUCAACAACACCUACUCCAAAUUCGAAAAGAAUUUCUUCAAACAGCAGUCCAAAAGAUUUGACUGUGAAAGGGAAUUUAACAUUGAUCUUCAUCAAGAAAUUAUGGCUGGAGUGAAUAUGGUUCAAGAUCAAGUGGUUGAGUUAAUCAAUCACAUGAAUAGAGUCGAUGCUGAACGUAUGGAACAAGCUGAUUCCUUCGCAAUACAAAUUCAUGCCGUUGAAAAUGUUGAAAUUGCUACUAAUAAAGAGAAAAACCUUUUGUCCCUUGACGUUGAUAAUGUUCAAAAGGGGGAAGGAAGUUCAAGAGGCGGCAAAAGUAGUAGAGGAGGUGUUUUGACAGGCACUAGAUCCAAAAGAAAACUCGUUGAUGAAGGAGGUUGUAGACCAACCAAAAGAGGUGGAGGUCGCAGCGGUGACCGUGGUGGUGGAAGUGGUGGAAGAGGUGGUCGUGGUGGUCGUACUCUCCCUCCAAUUCAAAACCUCCUAACCGGUGAAGAGUUUUCUUACCCAAACGUGAAAAGGGAAGAACAAUAA